AUGUCUAUCGUCAAUCAGACCAACUUGCAUCCUAACGGUGUCAAGCCUUCGCCUACCGAGGUCGAGGAGCACCUUGCUAACGUCGCCAACAUCGACUACAACAAUGUGACCAUCCAGUACAACACCUCGGUCCCCGCUCUGUACGAGGAUGCUCUCGUUUACGAGAGCGGCUCUGCCAUCUCUUCCGCUGGUGCCCUUGUUGCCUCCUCGGGAGCCAAGACUGGCCGUUCGCCCAAGGACAAGCGUCUUGUCGACGAGCCUACCUCGCGUGACGAUGUCUGGUGGGGACCUGUCAACACCAAGCUCUCGCCUGAGGUUUGGCAGAUCAACCGUGAGCGUGCUAUCGACUACCUCAACACUCGCUCGCGUCUCUACGUUGUUGAUGCCUUCGCUGGCUGGGACCCCAAGUACCGGAUCAAGGUCCGUGUUGUCUGCGCCCGCGCCUACCACGCUCUCUUCAUGCGCAACAUGCUUAUCCGUCCUACCGCUGAGGAGAUCAAGACCUUUGGCGUUCCCGACUUCACCAUCUACAACGCUGGUGCCUUCCCUGCCAACAGAUACACUAGCGGUAUGACCUCGAGCACUUCCGUCGACAUCAACUUCCAGGACAAGGAGAUGGUCAUUCUCGGAACCGAGUACGCCGGUGAGAUGAAGAAGGGAAUCUUGACUGUCAUGUUCUACCUCAUGCCCGUUAAGUACAAUGUUCUUACUCUUCACUCGUCUGCCAACGAGGGCAAGACCGGCGAUGUCACUCUCUUCUUCGGUCUCUCCGGAACUGGUAAGACCACCCUUUCCGCCGAUCCCGCUCGUCUGCUGAUCGGUGACGACGAGCACUGCUGGUCCGACACUGGUGUCUUCAACGUCGAGGGUGGCUGCUACGCCAAGUGCCUUGACCUCUCUGUCGAGAAGGAGCCCGAUAUUUUCAACGCCAUCCGCUUCGGAUCCGUUCUCGAGAACGUCGUCUUCGAUCCCAUCACCCGUGAGGUCGACUACUACGAUGCCACUCUCACUGAGAACACUCGAUGCGCCUACCCCAUCGAGUACAUUCCCAACGCCAAGAUCCCUUGCUUGUCUGACAACCAUCCCACCAACAUUAUCCUGUUGACUUGCGAUGCUCGUGGUGUCCUUCCUCCUAUCUCCAAGCUCACCAACGAGCAGGUCAUGUACCACUUCAUCUCCGGUUACACCUCCAAGAUGGCCGGUACUGAGGACGGUAUCACCGAGCCCCAGGCGACUUUCUCUGCCUGCUUCGGCCAGCCCUUCUUGGUCUUGCACCCCAUGCGCUACGCUCAGAUGCUUGCCGACAAGAUGGCUGCCCACAACGCUAAGGCUUGGUUGCUGAACACUGGCUGGACCGGUCGCUCUGCUUCCAAGGGUGGCUCGCGUUGCCCUCUCAAGUACACCCGUGCUAUCCUCGACGCCAUCCACUCCGGCGAGCUCGCCGAUGUCGAGUACGAGCAGUUCGAGACCUUCAACCUCUACGUUCCCAAGACGUGCCCCAACGUUCCCGCUGAGAUCCUCAACCCCGCCAAGAGCUGGGCUGAUGGCCCUGCUGACUUCGGUGUCGAGGUCGGCAAGCUCGGCACUCUCUUCGCUGAGAACUUUGAGAAGUACCGGUCUGGCUGCAGCAAGGAGGUUAUCGCUGCCGGCCCUGCCCUAUAA